AUGCGGUCCCGACAUCCUCGUCGCAUGAUCAAUGAGGCCAUCAAGGACAAUUCCCUGCCUCAGCUCAUCACGGCUCUGGAAAUUGUCAAGGCCAAUCCUCUCUCCAACAAUUAUCUUGAACAAUUACUUCCGUCGGUGCUGGGGCAAUGUAUUCGUCAUGGGAGCGUCGACCUAGUGAGAUAUCUUCUAGAGCAUGAAAAAGCACCCAUGACAUUUGUCUCUCCUCUCGCCAUUAGCGGAAACCCCUCGAUCGCUCUUCUUGAGCUGCUUCUGACCCAUGGCUGGGAUAUAAACCAGGCUGAGGACCUCGGCCCCCUCGGACAAAACCGCAAGCUAAUCGACUUCGUCUGCAAUGAUGGCCAGUUGAUUCGCUGGCUAGUCCAGCACGGUGCACGAGUUACCGAUGGCGAGGUGGACAAUUAUGAGCUCUUCCCACAGCCGGCUCCAUUGCUAGAGACGUGUGCUGUCAGAGGCUCUGUCGCAUCAUUUCGGUACUUGCAAGCCAAGGGAGCUCUUCUCGGGAAGAGGACGCUUCAUCGGGCGGUGGGAGAGGCAUCGGCGUUUGGAACAAAUCCGUUCAUUGAUGCUCAAGAAGGCCUUGGUGCGGAAACAUGCUGUCAGGCCGAAGAUGGCGAAUCUCGAGGUGAUGCUAGGGCGAGAAGAGAGAGAGCAGAAAUGUUGAUUUUUCUCGUGGAUGAAAUGAAGCUUGAUGUCAACGCGAUGGAUUCCGAUUUCCCCAAUCGCGCCUAUCGCUGGGGGACUCCAUUAUGCUACGCUGCUGUAAAGGAGAAAGGAGCGGAUGUGAUAAGGUGGCUGCUGGAGAAGAGAGCACAGCCAACGAUCAAGACGGCCCAGGAUGUCACAGAUGCGGAGGAAUUGGCAAAUGCGAUGAAGUGUGGAGAAAAUGCGAGGAUAUUGGGGGAGUGGAAGCAGGCACACGGAUGGAACGAAUGA